CUCGCAGCACCGCCCCCCAGCGCCAUGAGGGCUGCGCUGGUGGGGUACAGCAGCUCCGAGGAGGAGGAGGAGGAAGGGGGGAGGAAGGGCGGCGGGGACCCAGCCUCCCCCGGGCUCCCCGCGGGGCUCCCCCCGGGCCAGCACGGCCCCAGCCCGCCUGCCCGUCCCCGAGAGCGUGCUGGCCAUGUUCAGGGAGCAGGAGGAGGAGGAGAGGGGUGCGGAGGACAGAGCCAAGCACGGCGGGCGUGUGCGCUGCUUCCCCCACGAGCGGGGCAAUUGGGCCACCCACGUCUACUUGCCCUACAAAGUCCAGGAGGAAUUCCUGGAGUUGCUGGACCUCCUAGUGUCCCAUGCUCGAACCUAUGUCUCCUCACUCACUGCCAUGGAAGAGUUCCACAUCAGUCUCUCGCAGAGCGUGGUGCUGCGCUACCACUGGAUAAACCCCUUUGUCCAGUCCCUCAAGGAGCGCCUGGCCUCCUAUGACAGGUUCUUCUGUGUAGCUAACCAAAUGAAAGUGUAUACCAACCAGAACAAAACCAGGACCUUCAUUGGACUGGAGGUCUCCGCUGGGCAUUUCCAGCUGCUGGAACUGGUCUCAGAGGUGGACAAAGUUAUGGAGGAAUUUGACCUCCCCACAUUCUACAAGGACCCAUCGUUCCAUAUCAGCUUGGCCUGGUGUGUUGGGGACCUGACUGGCAGCCUGGAGGGGCAGUGUCUGCAGGAGCUCCAGGACAUUGUGGACAGGUUUGAGGACUCAGCGCUCGUUCUGCGUGUCCAAUGGGAGCAAAUCCGCUGCAAGUCAGGGAACAAAUUCUUCUCCUUCCCCUUGAGGUAGGGCCUGGUAGGUUUGAGAGCCCUGAAGACCCUGCAUUUCAACAAAGAACUGUUCUCCAGCACAGCUCUAAGCGGUGGAAGCUGUCACACACCUCCCACGUUCUUCUUGUCUGCUCAGCAGCUCUGGGGAGUUUGUGGUAUCAAACUUCCAGGUUUGAGUUUCUGGCUGAAGAAAUGUGUGUGUGUAGCAGAUUUCCUACUGCAGCGUGCUGUCAGCAGCCAGGAUGUGCUUCAGUCAGCACUGGUGGUUCCAACCAUCCCACGGUGGCUGAUUUUUAAUAUAUAUAUGAAUGUAUCAAAGCCAUGGAUGCCUUAUGUUAAAGAGAAAGAAGGUAGCGUGGGAAGCUCUUGCUAAAGGAAGCAUGUCUCACACAGUUGGAAAUAGCACCAACUUCUUGUCAGGAGGCUUGGAGCAUGCUGACUGCUGAGCUCAGGGUCCCUCGUUCUGAAAAGCAAGAGACAAGGAUGCAGAGCUAGGCUCUUGCACCAGAGCAUCUCCCCACCAUAACCCAGCCCGGAGGAGUUCACGGGUCGUGUUCUGUGUCCAUCUCACGCUGUUGCUGCCUCUACAGAAAAAUCACAGUACCAGGUUCUUACACCAAACAUCCAAAAGAUUAAAUCUCGGCAGAGAGGUUGGAAACCCCUCGUGUUUUAGCGCUAACCCAGCGUAGCGUCGGGCUGGUUUUAAAACGACUUUGUUUUAAGCUCGUGUGUGUCAAAAGGACCAUUCUGGAGGGCAGCUGCCCGUCAGGAGCUGGCUGUCAUCCUAGGGCGAGCCCAAGAGAGGGCAGUGUCGGCUCAUAUCGUGACUGAGCUGGAAAGGCGGUGCCUGCUGGUGAGCAAGACAAGGAGUGGCACACACACGGACUUUCCCGUGAAAACAACACCGUCGGAGCAGCGAUGAUCCUGUUGACUGUGGGCUGGACUUUGUCCCUUGAGAGAAGCUCCUUUCUGUCCUUUGUCCUGCGGGAAGGUCUGCUGCAGCCUCUUAGGUAUUCAGAGCGAGAUGCUGCUGUGCUGCCCUCAAUCUUUCAUUUCACAUUUGUCUGAUGAAAAACUGCGAGGCUGCUUCUGACGGUAAAAUCUGUCUCCUCGUGUCGUAAAACUGCUUCUGUGGUGUAUUUGAGCUGUUCAAUUUCAGGAGUGCCCAGCUCCAGCGGCUCCUGCAGACUUCAAAUGAGGCCGUGUCUGCAACGCCUGCCGUGAGCUGGGUGUAGCACUCUCCUUCCACUUGUACACAAGGAAGCUCGGGGCCCUCACAGCCAUUGGAGCUUCUGUCUCAGUGCAGGUCUUUGUCUGCCAACUCCCCUGCAAUAUCUGGUUUUCAAAUUAAUGGAAUUCCUGGGGGGACGGCGAGGGAGAAGCAGCAAAUUCAAUGCAUUGUUCAGAUAAAAUGGAACAACCCUCCCCCCUUCGUUCUUCUCCCUCAGCUGCAUGUUGGUUUUGGGUUUUGUUGUUUUCGGCACUGCCAGCUGAGGGUCCCAGCACUCGUUUGCCCAAGUCUCUGCUCUGGGUGGCUCAGCACGUCGGCUGUGCAGCCUGUGAAGAUGCCUGGGGGAGCUGAAUUUGAGGCAGUCAGGACCUCGCUCCAGGGGGACACGGCACACCAGCAGUCCCAUUAGGAUGCGCGUCUGGCCCGGGUAUUUGGCAGAUUGCUGUGCCGCUCACUGCUGCUUCCAGCGUGCCCCUUCCCCCUUUUUAUCCAGACCCCAUCUUUAGUUAGUCAGCUUCUGGGAUAGGGAUAUGCACGGACUUUAAGUGAUUAUGCCCCAAGUUGUUUUUUGCCCGUUUGUUUUGCUUUUCCCCUUUAAAACAUAAAUAAAUUAAUAAAUAAAAAGACUUGGAGCCUUCCACCGAAACUUGG